AUGAGCGAAUCCGUAGCUGAAACAGUCACCACUGCCGCUGCUGCCAUCAACAAGAGCGUCAACAACAUGCCCGUCAAGCUCGCUAGAGACUCGCUGCUACCAUGGAUGUCCGAUGAUGUCCUCGCCCUGGUCUCCCCCGUCAUCAGCUACUGGCUCUUCUCCCUCAUGUUCCUGGGGUUGGACCAUCUCAAGGCCGCCGACAAGUACAGAAUCCAUACCAUUGAAGAAGCUGAAAAGAGAAAUAGGGCUUCCAAAUUCCAUGUCCUCACUCACGUCCUAUUCCAACACCUGCUACAAACCUUCUUCGGUUUCGCUCUCAUCACCUAUUUGGAUUCCAAUGGUGUGCAACAUGAAUCCGCAAACCCAUGGUUCAUCGCCCUACCAAUCUCUCUGGCAAAGAUAACCGCAGCCUUCAUGAUCGUCGACACUUGGCAAUACUGGUUGCAUCGUCUAAUGCACUACAACAAGAAAUUGUACAAGUACUUACACUCAGUCCAUCACGAACUGUACGUCCCCUACGCCUUCGGUGCUCUAUUCAACUCCCCCGCUGAAGGUUUCAUCCUAGACACCUUCGGAACAGGUAUCGCCAUGCUCAUCACAAACUUGUCCGCCAGAGAACAAAUCAUCCUAUACAACUUCGCCACCAUGAAAACUGUCGAUGAUCAUUGCGGCUACGUCCUACCAUAUGACCCCUUCCAAGUAUGCUUCAAUAACAACUCCAUCUAUCACGACAUUCACCAUCAACCAUUCGGCUUGAAAUACAAUUUCGCACAACCAUUCUUCGUCUUUUGGGAUAACUUGCUAGGUUCCUCCUUCAGGGAAUUCAACGUAUUGGACUCAUCCGCUCAUUUGCCAAAGGAACAAAGAUCCUUCGGGAAGAAUAGAUUGGAUAUUAACAAGUAUAAGGAAUUCUUGAAGAAUAGAAGAGCUGCAAGAAAGGAUUUGUCAGAUGUCGACGCCUACAAGAUUGAAGCUGGUAUCGCUGGCGAAGCUAAGAAGAUUAACUGA